GGCUGGAGCGCGGGGCGGGCGGGGUGCGGGGCGGGCGGCGCUUGGCACGCGGCCCGGCGCGCCGCCCGCGGCCCGCCAGUACACCUCCGACCAGCGAUGCUGUGCUGUCUCCGGAAAUAGAAUCCGACCGGGUGCGCGAGUGUGAGUGCAAAUGACUGAAAGCCCGACUUAGGCGGGCCGGACUUGUAUAAAAUGUGGACCAAAAGAUUUACACUAUGGAGGUUAGCGUUGUGCACACUGCUGGUGGCGGCGGCGCUGUCGGCGACGGCGCGAGGUGACGAGGAGGUGCCUUCAGAAUCACAAUGUCGUCCAUAUAUCGAAAAAGCCCUCAAAGGGCUGGAAUCAGGAGAUGCCGAAACAGAAGAUUCCGCAGUGAAAAACGACAGUAGUGAAGUAAGUGUAGAUGAAGAUACGAAUGAAGUGAACUCGGCGGAAGAUGGAGGUGAGGCUGGAGACACCAGUGAGGAUGAUGCACCGUCCAUUGAAGUUGCUGAGGAGCCUUACAUACCACACACUUCAGUGGAAGAGGUAGAGUCUAAGCCUUCCGAAGAGGAAGAUCAAAAGGAUGACGCUACGGCUGAAGAAACCGACAGUGACGAUGACAAAACAGUAGAGGACAGCAAGGCUGACGAUGAUGACGGAGACAGCAAAGAACAAGCAUCUGCUGAAGAACAAGCAGCUGAUACAGACAGCGAUGAAGAGAAAAAGGAAGACGAGGCUAAAGAUGACGAAGAAUCCAAGGAAGGUGAUGAACAGCAAGAUGAAGACAGCAAAGAAGUAGAUGAACAGUCUGAUGAGCCAGCCACACAAGAUGAUGGAUCCGAUGAACAGGCAGAUGAUGACCAGAAAGAAUCAACAGAAGCCUCCGAAGAAACAAAGGAUGAAUCUGAUGGUGAACAAAGUGACAAAAAGUCAGUAGAAGAUGACGAAGGAUCUCAAGAAGAAAAGGCUGAAUCUGGAGACGACGAUGACUCCAAGCAAUCCGAAGAAGACAAAGAAGAGACUGAUGAAAAGUCAACAGAAGACAAAGAUGAAUCCAAAGAGCAAGAAUCUGAAACCGCUGAAGAAGUAGAUAAAUCAGAGGUAGAAGAAGAAUCUGCAGCCACUGAAGCAGAAACAGAGGAAGAUAAAGAAGACGAGAAGUCUGAAGAAACAGCUGAAGCAAGUGAAGCUGAUGAUGCUUCUGAAGAAAAAGAAGGUGCUGAAGCUGACACUGAUGCUGAGGCAGACGCCAGCAAGGAGGAAUCCGCUGGCGAAGAUGAAUCUGCUGCUGGCGAAGAGUCUGCCGGAGAAGAGGAAUCUACUGAUGAAGAGGAUGAAGGUGCACCCGAAGAAGAUCUGCUUAUUGAGAAAGAAAUCCCGAAGAACCUAAGGUCUCGCGAGCACAUCACCAAAAUCCUCAGACUGGACGAAGAUGCCAAUGAAGAUGAAAUCAUCAUUGAAAAAUCUGCUGACAUCAUCCUUAGAGACUUGAAGAAGCUGUACGAAGGAUCUAUCAAGCCCCUUGAGGCACUCUACAAAUACAGAGACCUAAGUAACAGGCACUUUGGCGACCCAGAAAUCUUUUCUAAGCCUCUUGUUCUGUUCAUGGGACCUUGGAGCGGUGGAAAGUCGAGCAUUCUGAACUACAUCACUGGGUUGGAGUUCACCGACUGGUCUCUAAGAACAGGAGCUGAACCAUCCCCAGCUUACUUCAAUAUUCUCAUGCACGGCAAGGAACCUGAGGUACUCGAUGGUACUCAACUGGCUGCUGAUUGGACCUUCUCUGGACUUCAGAAAUUCGGACAAGGUCUCGAAGAAAGACUCAGAGGGUUGAGGUACCCUAGCAAACUGCUUGAAAAGGUGAACAUUGUGGAGAUCCCUGGUAUCUUGGAGGUGAGGAAGCAAGUGUCUCGCGUCUUCCCCUUCAACGACGCCUGCCAGUGGUUCAUCGACCGCGCAGACAUCAUCUUCCUCGUCUACGAUCCCUCCAAACUGGACGUUGGACCUGAAACUGAGGCUAUCCUUGAUCAACUUAAGGGCAGAGAAUCUCAGACUCGCAUCGUCUUGAACAAGGCAGACACUGUGAAGCCUGAGGAGCUGAUGCGCGUGCAAAGCGCCCUCAUCUGGAACAUUUCUCCCCUCAUGAGCUCUGCGCAGCCGCCGGUCAUGUACACAGUAUCUCUGUGGUCGCUUCCCUACGAGGCUGGGGCGCCGGUCAGACUGCUGCAAGCCCAGGAACGGGAGCUCUUCAAGGACCUCCGCAACGCUAUUGACAAGCGUAUCGAGAACAAGAUCGCUAGCGCGAGACGUUUUGCCGUCCGCGUCAGAAACCACGCUAAGAUGGUUGACUGCUACCUCACAACCUACUACAACCACAAGACGAUCUUCGGCAACAAGAAGCUCAUCGCUGAAGCCAUCAUCGAGAACCCUCAGAACUACCACAUCUACGAGGGUCUCAGCACUCUCACUAACAUUUCCAGGUACGACUUGCCGGAUCCAGAGACGUACCGCGACUUCUUCCGUCUGAACAGCCUAUACGAGUUCCAGCAGUUAUCGGCCACCUGCACCUACUUCCGAGGCUGUCCAAUCACGAAGCUGGACGUGGCCAUCGCCUAUGACCUCCCUGAGCUGGUCGGCCGCUACAAGAAGAUGGUCGAGACCGCCACACCCCAGGGCAUGCCCAAGAGUUGAUGCACCCCCGAACGAACGACACCCCGCUUUUAAUACCCGCUUCUUAUACCGCGAUUGGUUUGAUGUAUUUUGGGCACAUCUUGCAUUUCUAUUUUAAUAAAAUCGGGCGUUUUUUUUUUCGUUACGGCAAAUCGCAUUUCAGUUGUUUA